AUGAGGAGAGGGCUCGAUGUGCCAGUGACGUUCGUCUUCGAGGCAGAAGGGACGUCGUCUGGCCUCAACAAGUCCGCCAUCAACGCACACAUUGCCCGUCAGGCACAUCGACGGCGGCGGGAAAAGCGUUUCAAUAUUCGAACAGAGGGGCUGAGUAACGACAAUAGACACAACGUGAAGAAUCAGGCACAAUGGGUAUCUCCGACGCGGUCGUACUCCCACACCAAGGACUAUGACAGUAACUAUGAUAGCAGCAUCCCCUCGCCAGUCAAGCUGGCGGGAAACUCUGAUCCGUUCUCGUCUAGGGCCAUCGCCGUCACAGCCCAAGUCAACCGCCUUCUGGUCUUCACGCGGGACUUCAUUCUCCCCGCUACCCACGCCAACGAGGCCUCCGUCACCGGGGGCCGUCUACAUAUGGACCUGUUUUGGGGCGACACUAUCCGUGGACUCGACGACGACGGCGGCGUUGCGGGCUAUGCGUAUCUCGCUCGCUCGGCGUCGAUCCUCUCCACCCUCACGCCUUGGCACUGCUUGAGCGUCAUGGCCCUGCAAUACCUGGGUAAAGCGACGAGCAAUCUGCGGAAAUCCAUUGUCAUGCACAGCAGCAGCUCAUCCACAUCGCAGGCCGAUGCGUGGGGCGUAUACGCGCUGUUCUGCGCCGAGAUCGCCGGGGGCAACCUUCCGGCCGCGGCUGUGCAUGGGAUGAUGCUGCGGUGUCUGAUCCAGCCGGACGGGAGGACCUUGUACGUGGAGCGACGGCUCUUGAUGGUAGUCCUGCAGCAGGACAUGACUCGAGCGUGCCUUUCUUUGACGAGGCCGUCGUUCGAUCUGCACAGGUGGGCCCGGGAACACCUCCCGACCCGGAUCACGGACGAUCUCAUCGACAGCGUAAAGGACGGGAAGAGCGAGAACCACGAUCACCCGCACCCAUCGGCAUUCCCUUUCUCGUCCGCAAACCUGUCCUCCUCGCUCUCUCCCGCCCUGCGCUCUGUCUUCCUCGGCGUGCGCGAGUGGCUUGAUGCCUUGGGUAUCGUGAUGCUCAACCGCGGCCUCUUGAACCUGGCGUUGCUGAUCAACGGUGCCAUGAAGAUCAUGGUGCUCGAGGGACACCUACUCAACCUUUACUUGGACCGCAUGGAUGAAUGUCGGGCCCUCGCGCCGCAGUCUCCUCCUGCCGCGGCCCUGGUCGAGGCACGCAUGGCCCUGGCAGCGCUCUACUGGGUGCGCCGCGCCGCCCACGAGCAGCUAGACGCCGGCUCCAAGCUCGAGGAGGCCGGCUCAUGGGCAUUUGACAUGAGCUGUGUCGUCGCCGUCAAGCUGCGGGAUCUUGACCUAAGGAUUCUCCAGUUGGAAUCAUCCUCCUCCUCUCCUUCCUACCCUGCCGAGACACACCAUAUCCGCAGCUUGGACCAAGACCGGCUGUGGUGCCUGUACGUGGGCACCAUGGCCGAGUGCAAUAUCCGCGCCCAGGACAGAGAUGGCCGGGGCCAGGUCCAGACACCUCCGCCGGCGGCCGGGGAACAAGUCGGCGGAGACUCUAAUGGAUACCAUAAACAGUACCACCAUCAUGACCAAUCCUACCACGGCACGCAGCUCGUCCAGCUCGUCGCCACCUUUACUACCACCGAGAUACAUUUGCCCCGCAGCUGGGCCAAGGGAGGAGCGGGCCCGUGGGCGUGGUCCAAGAUGGAGCCCGUGCUGCACCGGUACCUGCACAUCGACAAGAUCAGCCUGAAGGCGAAGCGAUGGUUCAUGAAUCAAUGCACGGCGACCUUGCUAUCUUACGACGUGACAAUAAAGAACCAGCAGUUCUGGCGACAGCGCCGUGAGGCUGAUUUCAACGAAGCUCUCCCAAAGGGAUCUCAAGCUCUUGUGAACGCGAUAUCUGGUGGCCCAGAUAUAUGCAGAUAG